AGCAGACUUAUUCUUCCAAUCAGUGCUAGUAUUACUUAGCUCAAAGGCCAAUCUGUACACAUAAAUGGAUACUGGAUUAUUUCGCAUCCGCCGUGCAGUUGAUACAAAGGAAGAUAUAGAUGCAAUUAUAACUCUUGUUAAGGAACUGGCUAUUUAUGAGAAAACUGAGGAAUCAGCGAAAGCUACUCCAGAGCUGAUCAAACAAAACCUGUUCACAAAACCCUUUGCGCAUGCUCUUCUAGCAAUGUCACCAGAAGGUCAAGCCGUCGGCCUUGCUUUGUAUUUCUUCAAUUUUUCGACUUGGACUGGUAGACCUGGACUAUAUCUCGAGGAUUUAUUCGUAGAACCCGAAUUUCGAUCCAAAGGGCUGGGUAAAGCCUUCUUUGCAGAAUUAGCAAAAGUUGCACAGGAAAACAAUUGCGCACGCAUGGAUUGGUCUGUACUCAAGUGGAACACACCUUCGAUAGACUUUUACGAGAAGUGUCUUGGGGCUUUCCCAAUGAGUGAGUGGAUGGGUAUGAGGCUUGAAGAGGAGGGUAUAGAGAAUUUGAAGAAGUUUAGCCUACCACGGUGAUUCGACGAAAUGAUAGCAUGGAUGAUUGGUAAAUAUUGCCUAUUCACUUGAACAAGUAGAGAAAAUGCUUUAGACUGCUGUCCCUUUUGGAAUUGUACUUGAUAAC